UCGGUUGUGCCGCGGACGGUUAAAUAGGACGUGGUGUGUGUAGGUAGGUAGUAUUAUAAUAUAGGUGUAGGUACCGUGCGUGUAUUUCUUUUCCGGGGUCAGAGCGGUGAAUUUGAAUGACAAUAAAAUUGUAAUAAAAUAAUAAUAAUAAUGAAAAUAUACGGGAUGACCCCUUUUCGGGGCCCGAGGGGGAGCGCGCGCGCGAGCCUGUCCCCGAAAACUGGAUAGCGUGUGCUCGGUGAUCCCGGCGCGAAAACCGGAUAUGCGUGCCAUUCAGGGAGACGAGCGUACACGAUGUAGUUGCACUGGCUCGUUGCCCGAAAGCAGUCUAAAAUUUUCUCAUUUUUACCAUUUUCCCUAGCUUAUACGAUGGUGGCGGUCUUUUUUCCGGGUUUUUCGGCUCCCCCAACGGAAAAAUACGACUUGUCUUCCAUCUGACGAUCGAUAUUGUCGUUAUCGAAUACUCGCCGCGUAAAAAAUAAAUACCUCCAAUGGCUGCGGGUGUUUUGGCAGUCUUCUCUGUACACAUAAAUCCAAUUACGCAGGUACCAAUCCGAUAACCGCGCGUGUGGGUAAAAAACAUUUUAGUCGGACUACAACAUUAUUUCUAUUAUUAUUAUUGUGGCGUGUAGAAUGGUAAAAAUAAUAUAUUAGCCGUGUGCGGGAGAGCAGAAAUGAUCAUUUACGUUAUCUGAGUUUCGAUGUCGUUAGAUGGGGGAUAUUAUAAUGCUUUGUUUUCUACUCGGAGAUCUAAUAAUGGGAAUCAUUAUUAUUAGUAUCAUCAUCGAUCCGCCGCCGUCUAAUAAUACGGGUACGGAAAGUACGCGUCGUCGACGAGACAGAUUCUCUGGGUGCGCCGCCGCCGAUCACAUGUCUCUGCCGAGUAGCAGAUAAAACGUCGAUUAAAAUAUUAACGAAUACCUCUACGCGGUGCGGCGAUGGUGGGAGAGGAAGACUUAUUUGUCACGUUAGAUAUUAGUAUUUAUACAGAUAGAUAUUAUACUACAACAACUAUAUACAAUAAUACGAUAAUUUAUUGAUAUACUGUAGACGAGCGAACACCGACGAGAUAGAGACGACGCGCCACUUCAGCGCCGAUCCCGUCCCGUGUAGGCAGGCAAACGCGUGUGGGUAUUUAUCGGGAGCGCUGUCGUUUGUGUGACACAAUAUUUAAAAAUAAAAACAAAUAACGCAUCGGAAGCGACAGACGGUAACAGUGUGAAAAUCGUGUGGUCCGCGGUAUACAGAGCGCGCGGAAUCCGUUCGGCGGCGGUCCAUCCCGCAGCGACUGAUCUACUACGAUAUUAUAAUAAUAUGAUGAGACCAUCGGUGGCGGAUUUUUCGAGGACGUUUGCGAACCGGGUCCUCGUAAUUAUUUGCCAAACAUAUCAAAAGCAGAGAACGGAAAACGAUUCGAUCUAAUAAUAUUUCUGGAAUAAUGUGGUUAUCGGGUGCAGUGCAUCGACUUUCGUGGUCUGAAAUGUCAUCGGAAAUGUUGCGCGUAGACAAUCUGCGACAAAGGUUGUUCUGUAAUUCCGUGUUGGACACGAAAAGGGAAAGUCGGUGUCCCGUGUGCAACGCCAUGUUUUCGACCACUUACAGUAUGCGCCUGCACUUGCAGACUGUCCACAUGGACUUAAAACCACAAAACCUGACCGCAAAAACGUUUUACCGCGAGUUCAAUAACAACAAUAGCAUAAACAAUAAUAACAAUAACAGCAGUAAUAACAACAACAACAACAGCGUGGCAUUCGCCGCAAAGUCACCGGCAAAAACGACGUCGUUCAAUAACAGCCCGGAACUCGCGCACGUCACACCCGUCAAGUCUUCGUACAACGGCGACUCGACGUGUAGCACGGACUUUAGCGAUGGAUAUCCGUCGGACAAGGAUUCGUAUUUUGGCGGCUCGCCCAAGGACGAAAUUCCUCUGUCCGUGGCGGGUGGCGGUUUUAUGUCACACUCGCCGGCCAACAAGAGGAGCAGCAACGGUCACAUGAAAGCCAAGCGCACGUACGCGUGCAGGCUGUGCUCGACCGUAUUCGGCAACCUGCGGGCGCUCAAGGGCCACAACUCGUCCAGCCACAACAAGUCCACCAAUGGCAUGUACGCGUGUAAUAUAUGUGAGUUCGCCAGCACUGAAAAGGCGUCGCUGAACCACCACAUGAAAGGCCACACGGGCGAGACGCCGUACGUGUGCAAAAAGUGCUCGUAUGCGUUCACCACAAAGGCCAACUGCGAACGGCACCUGCGCACCAUACACAAGGCGUCCAACGCCGAAGUAAAGGCGUCGAUACUUUUCAAGAACGAGGAUAAACCGGCUGGUUCAGCGCAGUCCACCAACGACGAGGCAACCGCCGACAAGAGCGAAGAACUGUACCAUCACCUGCGUUUGCAGCAUCACAACCAAACGACGACGGACUAUUCCCAGUACGAAUCGUCCGGGCAAAAGAGCUCGGAGGACGAUGAGGACGAGUACGACGAGCCGCUGGAUCUGAGCAUGAAGCGUUUCAAACAGGACUUGGACUGCGAGCCGCAAGAUUUAUCCAUCAACGGCAAGAGGUCGUCAUCGUCGUCGUCGUCCGCCGCAGCCGUCGCUGCCGGUGAUCACACGGACGAGGAGGACGUCAAACCGACCGCAACGAUGGCGUUUCGCGAGCAAUUCGUGCCACACGCCCCGCCCGGCUUCAUGGACCUGUCAUUACCCACGCCUUUGCACGCGUAUUUCCUCAACGAGCACCGCAUGUUCUUCAAUGGAAUAUAUCCGGCCGCGGAACGCAUGCUACCAAUACCACUCACCGUCGACAUGAUCCGCGCAAUGCGGCAGAUGAACGAACCAGUGGUCGUCCCAGCUCAAGAGCUGGCAGACCCCGUCGUUCCACCAAAGCCAGAGACGCCCGAGCCCGCGGCCGUGCCGCCUCCACCACCAGCACCACUGUCCGUGGACGUAGCGCAAAAACCAAAAGACAGCAAUGGGUUGCGGCUGGUGAUGAAAAACGGUAUUCUAGUGCCCAAACAGAGACGGUUUAGGACGGAUAGGCCACAUGUCUGCGAGACGUGCAAACGGGCGUUCACGUUGAAGUCAAACCGCGACCGGCACGUCAAAAACCAACACCCGACCGAUUGGCACAAGAAACCCCGGUCGUUGUCGUCCAAGUCAGAAUCGCAGUUCUCGACCGUCAAACAAGAACAGCAAGAUACGUCGCCGAUAUCGGAUCAAGUGAAAAUGGCCUUGUCGUUGAAAUGCCGGCCGUCAGAACAGCUGCUGCGGACUGAAGACGAAGUGGAUGAGGAUGAAGAAGAUGAUGACGUAGUGGAGGAGGAGGACAAACUCGUCAUAGUAGAAGACGGCGUAGAGCACAACAAGCCCGUCGGAGUCAAGGAAAAGUGCACCGAGGUCAAAGAGGAGUCCGCCGAUCUGGUCAGUGUGUCCAGAUUGCUGGACAACGCUUCACAUCAGACAUUUCCGCAAUUCACCAGAUCUGACGAGGAUCACAACGAGGUAACCAGCAGUGAAGAAGAGCACAGCGAGGCUGCCAGCUAUUCCGAAAACGACGGUUCUAGUAUCAAUGCCGUCAACAACAACAUCGAUAUAAAUUUUAACACGGACAAGGACGAGAACCGUGAAAAGCGGAAGAAGGUCAGUGCGUACGCAGCCGCGCCUAACAGAGUGCUGUGCCCGUUCUGUUACCUGUCAUUCCCGUGGACUUCAUCACUGAAACGGCAUAUCCGCACGCACACGGGUGAAAAGCCGUACCAGUGCAAACACUGUCCGCUGUCGUUCUCGACCAAGUCAAAUCGCGACAGGCACAUCCUACGGCUGCACUGCACGCCGCCCAGCAAGUCAGCCGCGUCGUCCGACAACGAGACGACCGCCGCGGCGCCGACCGACGCUAAGAACGCGUACAAAUGCACAUCGUGCCCGAACGUGACGUUUUCCAAGCGCAAGAACCUGAUCAGCCAUAUAAAUCGGGUGCACUUUGACAAGAACGGCGGCGGUGGCGCCGCGGGAGAGGAUGACGAACGAGGUGGUGACGGUACCGAGGACGACGGUGGCGAGUCGGAACGUGACUUCUCGAUGGCCAUGUUCAACGGAUGGUGCGGCAACAACGCGGCCCCGGCGACCACCACGGCCAACACCACCACACAGUCAGCCGCCGCCACCGCCGCCUCUACCAUCACCCCGUCCAACACGGUCACCGGAUCCGAACCGUGUUUCAAGUGUCAUCUGUGCGAUAGCAGCUACCUGGACAGGCAGGGUGCUCUGGAUCACAUCCGGAUCGACCACGCCGAGUGUUACGAGAUACUAGUAUCGCAGGGGGCCAUGGACAACGACCAUGACUCGUCGGCCGUCAAACAAGACGACGUGGAAAACAGAAAGGUACUUUGCGCAUUCUGCCUGCACCGUUUCUACUCGGCUGAGGACCUGCGCCGUCACAUGCGCACCCACACCAAAGAACAGCCGUUCGCGUGCCUGUCGUGCAAGCGUCGGUUCACGCUCAAGCACAGCAUGGUCCGGCACAUAGCCAAAAAGCACGGUGGCUGUCAAGACCAGCAGUACGGAGGCGGCGGCGGCGGCGCUGGAGGCGGUAGCGACCACGAACGGAGGUCCGCCAGUCCUCCGAGCACCCCUCCGCCGACGGGACCGGUCACAGGUUACGAGGAAUGUUGCGGCAACCGGACGGACACGGGUCUGAUCGGCACGCUGCUUGGCAUCCGAGACAGCACGGUCAUCGACCAGGUGUUGCAGACGAAAUCGCCCGAAGACGCGGCUAAAAUGUUGGGAAUCAAAAGCAGCAGCGACUAGAGACCGACACCCGCGCACAGGCCGUGACCGGGUUCGACCCACUUGUAUGAUAAUUUUGUCAAUAAUUUUACACACAUAUUAUUAUUAUUGUACCUAUAUAGAGAGAAAGAAAGAGAGAGCGUGUCGUCGGUAGACGACGCUUAUAAUAUUAUAGUGUUAAGUAUAUAUUAUUAUUAUUAUGUUAUUUUAAAUUAUAAGAAAAUACGCGUUUUACCGUAUAUUAUACUCCAAUCGUGUUAUUGGCUGACCGUUGUUGCCUUAUUAAAUUUUAGUCGAUAUUAUUGUAGAGAUUGGCCGCCGAGCGCCUACAAUAAUAUCAUUAUUAUUAUUAAUUGUAUUCUAAGAAAGUAAAUUGUAUUUAAAACUGUUUAUCACUGAAACGGUUACAGAUCCGUUGUGUAUCGUUAGUGUAGUUGUAGUAUUGUAGGUUUGUAGGUAAGUUUAGUGGUAUAAUAUUGUUAGUAUCGUCGGUGGUAUAAUUGACGAGACGGAGUCAGUAUCGAAAAAUAAGAAACUGCGUUGGCAUUUCUUUUUUUCGAUACCGACUAGGUCUUCAAAGUCGUUUUUGGCGUCUACGGCAAAUUUAAUCCCCCCUCCUCCUCAAUGGGAAACGACCUUAUCGAUCGCUGCUGAGGUCGUCGGUGUCAACAAUAUAAAAAAUUUAUAAUAUUGAUUUUUUUUUUACCAUCAUGAUUUUUGUACGAUGAUUACCACCGCGGUACCGGUAAUUUUACUUAUUUUUACGAUUACUUAUUUGUUCUUUCUUUCGUUUUGCGUGUUCCUCUUUCGGUACGCGCCCCCGCGAACGUCUCGAGUCCGCGUUUUCUCGCUCAACACUGGGCGAGUAAACGCGCACUCGACGGUUUGCGGAUUUAAAGAUUUUUUUCGUUCCGCAUAAGCUCUUCGUCUUUACGGGAAUUCCCGCAAAGGUCAAAAAUAUUAUUCGGCAGAAAAAUCUUUCGACUCGCGUCCGUACUCUUCCCGUAUAAUAUGCAAUUUCAAUCGAUUCGGCUCCGACGUCGAUCGCCGGAUUGACGCGCAACCAAACGUACACGCGCGCUCGUCGGUUUCCCGAGAUAGACGACUGCGUACAAGGAAGGAGCGUCUAUGUCCCGGAGAAUUAAAUCUGAAUUAAUUACGUAACCUGUACAGACACCCCAUAUUAUAUACUAUUGGUUUGCUUAGUCUUAAGAGUGUUACUCACAACCUAUAACGAUGUUUUUUCGACACACCAGAGACGGGACCGCGAGCGGUUUCGUUGUUUUUGAAAUUUGCAAGUCUGCGUGACUGCACUAACAUAUAUAUAUAUAUUACUAUAAUACUUCUGUAAAACGAAAUUAUAAAAUAUAAAAAAUAUACCAUCAAUGUAAUAAUAUUAUUACUACACAUAAACGGGGUUGUUAUCCUAUAGCUGACAUUAAUGUAUAUGAUUUAUUGAAUUAUAGACUUCUAGAAAUGUUUAAUUAUGGAUUAGUAAUAUUAGAUUUUAUCGAUAUACAUAUGCAUUUAUAUGUGUGUGAGUGUGUGAGUGUAUGCCAUGUACUAUAUUAUAUAUUAUUAUAAAGCACUGUUUUAUUCAUUAUUAUAUUUAUUAUUAUUAUUAUUCGUCAAUUUUGGGCUGCACUAUUAUUAUUAAUUGUGUGUUAAAAGAAAAAAAAAAUAAUGAAAAAAAAAAUUAAUAAUUUUAAAGAAAUUAUCUAGUCGAGCGAGAGGUGUAUUUUAAUGAAAUAAUCUAAUAUAAUAAUAGUGUAAAAAAUGUAUGUACUGAGCCCUCGACAUUUUUGGCCAUAAUAAUAUCUAAUAUCGUAUCUAUAACAGACGUGGUUAGAUAUAGUUUUUUAGUCGUGUAAGGCACAUCCCUUUUCUUCCUCUCUGUACAUUCCUCUUUGUUCCAAAACCAUCAUGAUAUUAUUAUAAAGGUUUAUAAUUUUUUAACCAACAAUUAUUAUUUACUUAUAGAUAGAUUUUUUUUUCAGACUGUAAACAUUUUUUUUUAUCUCAUUAUUUUUUAUGUAUAUACCUGCAUAAUAUAUUUAUAAUAUAACGUGUGUAAGUUGGCAUAUUUUAUCAUUUUUUUUUCGUGGUUAUUAUUUUAUGCAAGUGAUACUAGUCGUUAUAUAUAUAUUGGUUAAAGUUUGUCCCAUUAUUAUUAUUAUUAUUAUUAUUAUUAUUAUUAUAUACCAUUAUUAAACAGUCGCCAACAUUAUUUUAUUUAUAUAGACUAAAAGCGAAUGUAUACCGUAAUUAUAAUUUCUUAUGUAUAGUAAUAUAGACAGUGCUAAAGCAAUAUUAAUCAUUACCUAUAUUUAAAUUAAUUUAUUAUAAUAUUUAUCUCGUAGUUCUAUUGUGUGUUUGAACUCCGAUUAAAAUAAUAAUAAGCAAAAAAGCAAUAAUUUAAAAAGAAAUCGUAUAUGAUAUUGUAUUUAUUAUUAAUUUAUAAAAGUUUGUUUUUGAAAAGUAAAAUAAACUUCAGUGUGAGUGAA